GAUGCUGAGUGUGCCCAUUGUUGAUUUGAUGUCAUUUGCUAAACUCAGGAGCAUUAACAGUCAUGUACUCAGAGCGUGAGCUUUGAACCUAUGCCUGUGUUUGUAGUCCUUCAUGUAUUUACACAUCAGUUCAUCUACCUGAACACACAACUCACAGUGAGCUGGCAUUUUUCUUACUUUACUUUCUUACAUACUUUUUUUGGUUUACUCCAACAGGUUGUGGAUAUCUACUGACUAGUUCUUUUCUGAGUAAACGUUAAUCUGUACCAACAUGGACUAUUCAAGUGAGAAGAAUAAAUCGGCCACCAAGAAAAAAGUCGUUGUAGUAGGAGGCGGCCUGGUUGGUAGCUUAAAUGCAUGCUUCUUUGCAAAAAGAGGAUUUGAGGUUGCGGUCUUUGAAUCUCGAGAAGAUAUUCGCUGUGCCAAAACUGUAAAGGGCAGAAGCAUAAAUCUAGCCCUUUCCCAUAGGGGACGCCAAGCUUUAAAACAUGUUGGAAUGGAAGACAAGAUUAUUUCCAAGGGCAUUCCAAUGCAUGCUCGUAUGAUCCACAGAGUGAAUGGAAAGCGUUCUCCCAUACCAUAUGGAAAGAAAGGUCAGUACAUCCUUUCUGUAGGCAGAGCCAACCUCAAUAAGGAACUGCUAACAGCGGCUGAAGCAUAUCCAAACACACAACUGAACUUUAACCAUAGGCUGCUUGACUGGAGUCCAGAAACAGGAACCAUGACCUUUCUUGGGACUGAUGGUACUGAAAAGGAGAUCCAGGCAGAUUUCAUAGUGGGCUGUGACGGUGCCUUCUCUGCUACGAGAAAGCAGUUUUUACGCCGCAGUCGCUUCAAUUACAGCCAGACCUACAUCCCCCAUGGAUACCUUGAGCUCACUAUGCCUCCAAUAAAUGGUGAUUUUGCAAUGGAGCCCAAUUUUCUUCAUAUCUGGCCAAGGAACACAUUUAUGAUGAUUGCUCUCCCGAACUUGGACAAGACCUUCACCUGCACACUCUUCAUGCCAUUUGAGGAAUUUGAGAAGAUUACCACAGACGAUGAGCUGAUGAACUUCUUUCAGAAAUACUUCCCAGAUUCCAUUCCACUCUUAGGAGUUGAUGCUCUAAAGAGGGACUUUUUCCGACUGCCUGCCCAGGCCAUGGUGUCAGUGAAGUGCUCUCCUUAUCAUUUGAAUGACAAAUGUGUCUUAAUGGGGGAUGCUGCUCAUGCUGUCGUGCCAUUUUAUGGCCAGGGCAUGAAUGCAGGCUUUGAGGACUGCCUCGUAUUGGAUGAGAUUUUGGAUCAAUUUAAUGAAGACUUUUCUGCUGCUCUCCAGGAGUACACACGAGUCCGUGUACCUGAUGACCAUGCCAUAGCUGAUUUGGCUAUGUACAAUUAUGUAGAGAUGCGAGCACAUGUGAAUUCCAAGUACUUUCUGUUCCGUAAAUAUCUGGAAAACGCACUCCAUUUUAUCAUGCCGAGAACAAUAACCCCAUUGUACACAAUGGUCACCUUUACCCGAACACGCUAUCAUGAAGCAGCGAUCCGCUGGCAAUGGCAGAACAAGAUGAUUACUCAGGGCCUGUUGCUUUUGGGAACAGUAUCUACAGUGGGAGCGACUUAUCUGCUAAUCAGAUACAUUCCCAAAAAGCCCAGCAUUACUGUGGAGCAGCUAUGGAGCAAAGUUCUCACCCUCAAAUGGUUCCAAAAGUAAAAUUCCCCAAAUGAACAUGGAAUGUAUUUCAGGAUGCCCCUGUCAUUCUCCAUGCUUUUAUGCCCAUCCCAGUUUCAAUGAAUAAGUACUGUUAGAUAGUUAACCUCUGUUAAAAUUGAAUUACAGCAAAUCACUGGUGCUUUUAGAUUCAGAUUCGGAAAAUCCUGAUAAUGUUUAAUAAUACUUUGAAAGAGCAAAAUCAAGAGGGCUGGGUUUGGUUUAAUCUUAAUAAAUAGCAGUAAUUCUUAUUAGAACAAUUAAAUAAUAUAAAGCACAGAACAUAAUUAGAGAAAUGAUGUCAUGAUGCUGAGAUCAGACAGGUCUCCUGGACUUGUAAUGUAGUUGCAUGUAUUUGUAUUAUAGAUUACCUCAUGGCUAACAUAUUCAUGCUAAAAGUUUUGAUUUCUUGAGUAAUGCUUGAGCAAGACCCUUAAUAUUUACAUGCUCAGCUAUAUACAUGGAUUGAAUUAGGAAUCACUUUUACAUAAAAGAUGUUUUCAAAGUGAAUAUGUAUUUGAAUGUUUAUAACAUUAUCCAUUUCAAUCUAAACGAUAAAUUCUGCCAUUUCCCUCAAUUUACAAUAGUAGGUCUGUUCUUUUUAUUGUCUGGAAUACAUUUACAUUUAUGGCAUUUGACAGACUGUCUUAUCCAUAGCAACUUACAGAAGUCAUAUUUUAGAUUUACAAUACAUUUCCUAAUGCCCAUAUGUUUUAUAUGUGUGCUUGCUACAUAUAAUCUGUAUUGCUCUCCUCUUAUGUGGUAGAAACGUAUGACUUUCCAACACCUUACAUCUCUGCCUGAUCAUUUGUACUAAUGCAUAGUCAUUCUAGCAACAAUUUAGCCAGCAGUCAUCUUCAGUUUGCUUGUUUCUAUCCACAAACCUUUUGUGUUUGUAUAGAGUUGAUCCCUCAUGCUGUUAUGAAGAAUGAAAGCCCGGCUAACUGCGCUCACCAUUUGGUGUUUACCGGUUAUCUGUCACCAAACAUUCUGCAUAAUCUUGUUGUUCUAUGCACUAUGGAUGUAUGCCUCUGUUUCAGCGAAGUAUAUGCUCUCUGUUAUUUGCUAUGCUGACCAAUUAACCCAAUCAGUCCUGUUCAGGCUGCUCAGGUGAACAUGACCAUGGGUAGGCAUGGCCCAUUUGGUUAAUAAUAAUAAUAAUGAUAAAAAUACAUGUGAAUUUCUGCUUUUCCUUCUGUAGAUAUUUCAUUAUAGGCAAAUGGAAGUCUGCACAUGACUCGAGCUCAGUAAACUGAGAAUCCAACAAAAUUGAAGUGGAAAGAAGUUUAUAUAUGUAAAUAUAAACUUUCUUUAUUGGCCUGUGCAGGCUAGAAGAAAUGUGCUUUUUCCAUUGGAAAGUCUCACGUUUCUCACAUCAAAUAUAUUCUGCUGAUCUAUUGUGCUGGUGAAGAAACUGUUGACCUCAGUGAUUUUUUUUUAAAAUAACUCAGGCAAACAAUGUUGAAAAUCCUUCUUGUAUAAUUUUUAAAAGUUCACGGUCACGUCAAGUACCCAAUCCGUGAUCGCUAAAUACUGUGAUCGCUAAAUACAGGCAGAGCCUUUAGGGAAUCACAUACUGAAUGAAAACCAGUAAACAUAUAUGAGAAGUAUUAAUUACAGUGGUAAGACAGCAGGUUAGUUGAGGCUGUAAUGAAGGUACAUAUAAAUAGCCUUCUCAAUAAAAUACUCAAAAGUUAUAUCACGUCAAGUGGUG